GUCCAUGCUGAAAAAGAAGAAGACUACUGGGACUCUGUACUCUGGAGUGAUGAGAUCAAGAUAAAUGUUUGUGGAACUGAUGGCUUCAAAACUGUAUGACGUUGCAAAGGUGAGGAGUAUAAAGAAAAAUGCAUGGUGCCUACAGUGAUUCAUGGUGGUGGUAGUGUCCUUCUGUGGGGCUGCAUGAGAACUGCUGGUGUCAGGGAGCUGCAUUUCAUUGAUGGUAUCAUGAAUCCACAGAUGUACUGCUCUAUACUGAAAGAGAAGUUUUCCAACAUGACACUGAUCCAAAUCACACAUCUAAGGCCACUGUUGCAUUUCUGA